AUGGUUCUGCCAACAGUCUUGACCAACAUCCUGAGUGCGCACGGCAGACUUGGGGACGCUGCGUGGCACUAUACUGAACAUGCUCGGCACGUUGGCCCCAAGAAACUGCAAGCCGCGUUUGCCCAAAGCUUCACAGCUAGGUUCCUACACACUGGCUUAAAGCUUGAGACAAGCUGGGGCUUGGGCAGCGUGGGGGUGCAGAGCAGCCACCGGUCGCUAGGCAUGUUCUGCAUCGAUUUGGCUCCGAACGACUGGAGGAUGCACUUGCCCCAGGCUGACCACGCGCAACUCACUCGUUGA